AUGUCAAUAUUUGGUGGUGAUAGCCGAUGCCUGCGCGACAAAGGACUGGCGCGAGCCUCGCCACUGGGCGCCAGAUGGUUGACCCUGAAGUUCAAUGAUUGCGGACGAUUAGGCAGCGAUGAACAGCAACUAAUUGAUUCGGUUUUAACGCUGUCGCGUCCAGUGUCUGGCGACCUGAAAUAUUCUGGCGUGGUCACCGAUGGAUAUGAAUCAUUCGUCGGUCAUUAG